AAGCAGCACAGCGUCAGUCGCGCUGCUCACACACACGAUCUGACGGCUGGGGAGACACAGCCAGCAGUCUGAACCGCCAGGUGACCUCCGAUGCUCCUCUCCCCCGCCGCCCUGCGCUGCUUCGCGGAUUAGCUGCUCCAGGAGAGUCGCUGUGCGGCUUCGCAGCGUUUCGCCACUUUUGGGAUUACAGACAAACGGAUCGUUAAACCGCCGCCGUCGUUAGAACACAACGGAUGUCAGUGUGGUGGGUAGAGAUGGGAGAGGGUUUGGGGCCACUCUCCCCUGUAGGAUGGUAGCCGACAGCACAGUAGAAGGCCAUGACAAGACCCACUUGUCAAGCUCAUUGUCGUCUUCCUCAUCCUCAUCAUCGUCCUCAUCGUCCUUCUCCUCAUCCUCAUCCUUGUCUUCAUCAUCUUCUCUGUCCUCCGCCUCCUCCUCCUCCUCCUCCUCGUCAUCAUCACUUCGUCCGGAGUUGGAGCAGCUUCAGGGUCAGGCCAGUCCGAGCCCCAACCCGAGAACCGUCCCCUCCGUGUAUCUGACUCACUUCCGGACUUUCUCCAGCAAGGAGGACUGCAAGAUCAUCACCGACACAGCGGCCAAGCUCGAGCGCUGCGGCUUCUACUGGGGCCCUCUUGGGGUGGAGGACGCCCACCGCAUGCUGAGGGACGCACCCCUGGGCAGCUUCCUCAUCCGAGACAGCCGCCAGAAGGACGUCUUCUUCACGCUGUCCUACCACGCCAAGAGCGGGCCGGUCAGCGUGCGCAUCGACUACAAGCGGCAGAAGUUCUCACUGGCGGGCAACGAGCGCUCCUUCCCGACGCUCUUUGCCCUCUUGGAGCAUUACAGCAACUCUCCCAAGAAGAGCCUGAGCGUCCCGUACAGGAAAUGGGAGCCGACGCUGCAGGAGAUAUGCAGGAAGCGCAUCAUGCAGGUGUGCGGAGGAGCGAGCCGGGUUUCAGAGCUGCCAGUCACGCACGUGGUCCAAGGCUUUCUGAUGGAAUUCCCCUACAAACUGUGACCAGCUUGCCUUAUAAAGUCCUGACGGUGUUACUUUUAAUCACAAGAAGGCAGCUUUUACCAAGUAACUGUGAACUGGAGGGGUUGGUGAUGCCUGUCCAUCAUGUAUUGGAAUCUGCGUCGCCACGGUUACACAUGAAAUUCACUUUUGCGCUGAAGCAGUUUCUGAAGAGACCUUACCACCACGGUCAUGUACCAGCAGCCUCCAGAUGGACGGUGUUCCUGCAUGACAUUUCAACGCACGUUACCUCUAGAGACUCAUCCCCCACUUGCACAUGGACAGAACGCCGUUUGGGCUUGAGGAAGUACAAAAAGUGUGCUGCAUUAAGAGUAAACUACAGACACAACAGAGCUUUUACAGAGAUAAAAAAACUUGCAGGGGAGACGGUUCCUCUGGAAACUGAAGGGUUCGCUGUUGCCCAGAAAUGUUGUCGAAGGACAUUAGAAGGAUGGACUUUUAAAUAUCUUGAGUCGUGGUGGAGGGUACGACUGAAACCACCGCUGACGGCGGCCGGCACCGGGGAGAUUUAUUUUUGUAGCAAAUUUAAAUACUCUAAUAUUGCGGAAUGUUUACAUCACACAUGAAUGUCUGUCAGCACUGAAAGCUCGAAUAUGUCCUGAGCUGUUAAGUCUGAUACUUACCUGUACUGUAUUUGGAGGCACGACACCUCUUACAUGUGACAUCAUUUUUAGAAAAAAGUUCCUAUUAUAUUUUAAAUAAAAAUGUAUUUAAACUUA